AUGACUGUCACUAUCGCAAACCUGGCUCAGCUACGCAAAGAGCUAGGCGUCGAAGGCCAAGCCCUGCUUGACUACGCGCCGCACUCAAAGAUCAGAUAUGCACCUCAGACACAUGACCAGCGCGCUGUCCCUUUCAAGCUUCUGUUUGGUCAGAUCACCGACAAGCAUGACGACAGUAACAUCAGCGCUACGAUCACCACGAUUGCCGGUGCCUUCAAAACACCAAAGAGAGGUUCGAAGAACAAGUAUAUAGCACUGGCAAAGUACUACUUCCUUAAUAUUAUCAUAUCAAGGUGGACGGAACAGGAACGCCAAUAUGACCUAGCAAUACCAAUACCCAUCACGCGUAGUCUUAUCGACGCGCUGAAGACCGCUUGCCGCGAAUUUGAGGCGGAGGCAAAAGCCAAUCUCUCGGACACGCAGUCGCGAUCCCAAUCAGCAACGCUUGUGGAUGAUGAUGAGGAUAGCGUUCUCAGUGACGCUCCAGAGGAUCCGUUUGAGCCCGCCCAGCCGAUCACUCCUGCAACGGUACCUGCUUCUACCUACAGCGCUUCAGCUUCUCAGUUGGUCGAAGAUCGCACCAAACUCCAAGACGAAGAAGUUGAACUCCGAGAUUCCCAGAGUAAGAUAGUAGCAGAGAUAGCGGAGACGAAGCUUGCCCUACAAGAGAUAGGCGAGACACUUCAGGAGGAUGAAGAGAAGAAUCGAGUGAUUGAAGAGAAGCUAAUCAAGAUUGCUGCUCGCCGAGAACAGUUAUUGGAGGGCAUGAGUGCCAUGGAAGCGUACAAGCUGGGCGGGGAGAUGAUGAAGAAGCGCUGA